AUGUCCGUCAUCAAGGUAGUCGUCGUUGGUGCCACUGGUCAUACCGGCAAGUCCAUUAUGGAAGGGCUGUUGAACUCACCCACCAACAAGUUUGAAGUAUAUUGUUUCACUCGGCCAGCCUCAGUUAACAAACCUGAGAACAUCGAGCUUGGCAGGCGCGGAGCCAAGAUCGUCUCCAUCUCCCUGACCGACCCAGAAGAGACUUUGGUUGCUGCUCUCCGGGGCAUCCAGGUGGUCAUCUCUUGCAUCACGCCUGUCUUUGAAGACCAGGAAAUCUUGCUUGCCAAUGCCUCGAAACGUGCUGGUGUCGAGAGGUUUUUUCCUUCUGGAUUCGGGCCUGUCGUGCCGCCGGCCGGUAUUAUGAAAGCCCGCGAAGAGAAAGAGAGAGUGAACAACCACAUUCUCAAGCUGCACCUUGGCUACACGUUCCUGGACGUGGGCACGUGGUAUCAAGCCAGCCUGCUCCCUGUGCCGUCAGGCCGGCUCGACUACUGUGUGCCACCAGCAAUGAAGCCGACCUGGCCGCUUGGCCUGGAUGGCAAGGUACCGACUGCUGUCACUGACCUCAACGACAUUGGCCGUUACGUGGCGCUCAUCAUCGCAGACCCGCGUACUCUGAACAAGAAGGUGUUGGUGUACAACCAGGUGGUGACAAGAAAUGAGAUUUAUGACGGUCUCGAGCGUGUAAGCGGAGAAAAGCUGGAACGUGUCUACAUUUCCGAAGCUGAGGCGCUGAAGAAUGUCGACGAGGCUGAAAAGAAAUUCGCCAAAGAGCAAUCCAUCAAGAACUUCUUCGCGUUAGGGAUGUACCAAUACUUCCUUUCCUGGUCCAUUCGGGCAGAUAACACUCCCGAAUAUGCAAAGUAUUUAGGAUACCUUGACGGCAAGGAACUCUAUCCCGAUUUCAACUAUCAGACUCUGGAAGGGUACAUGAAGAAAGCAUUUAAAGGGGAGGUCGAGCCUACCCUGAUGCAAUACUAG